AUGCUAAUAGUGCCUCCAGAUGAAUCGCCAAAAACUCGCCAUGCCGACCCAAUUAAGAGCGUCCACUUAGCCGUGAAAGAGGAGUACAGGGGAGCGUUCAGGAGCAAGUCCUACACGGACAUCUGUACCCAAGUCCAAAAACACCUCAAAACCACCAGCUCCAAGAGGAAAUCAAGGAACCAAGACUACACUCACCUCCUGGAGCCCAAGCAAGAAGUCCUGUCCUCCAUCAUCCACUGCACCACCCACCUCCCCUCCCUCCUCCUCGACUACUUCGACGCCAGCCUCCACGCCUGCAACUUAUGCGGCUCCCUCAUCGAAUCCAUCGAUCAAGCCCGCGCCGACCACCGCAUCCUCCGAAGAGUCCUUGAACUCGCCACCGCCAGCCAAUGCACCGAGGACCAGCACCACUCCAUGGCAUCCAACCUUGUGCUCUUCUCCAAGCUCGACAACCCCUUCUCGGGACCCAAUCCUACUCGAUUCGAAAGAAUUCACGAAGCAUAUGGAUCGAUGGCGAGGCAGCUGGUGUCGGCCCACCGGAAGCUCAUGCGGCGUCUGAGGUGUAUGAACUUGGGAGUCGGGAUCGGGUCGGCCGCGACAUGCGGUGUCAUCGCCAUGGUGGAGAAUGUUGUGGUUGGAGAAGAAGGAUCGGUGGCUCGAGAGGGAUCUCAGCUCGACGCAGCGGCGCGAGGGGCGUUUGCACUUGACCGGGGCUUCGACACCAUGAGCAGGAUGGUGAGGAGGCUGCAUGAUGAGGUUGAGCAUGGGAGGGAUGUGAUCAGGUUGUUCAUGGAGGAGGAAGACAUGGAAGGAGGAUGGAUGAUGCUAAGAGAGGUGGUGAGGGAGCUGCAACUCAGUGAGGGUCGGUUCAUGGAACAGUUGGCAGAGUUGGAGGAACAUGUCUGCCUGUGCUUCCUUAACAUCAACAGUGCGAGGAGGAUGGUGCUAGAGGAAAUAGUUAUUCCCCGGUGA